AGGUUUGAAUCAAUUCUCACGUUCGAAUCAUUUCCUAAUUGCAAUCUUUAUAUUCAAGCUAGAUUUAUACGAGAUCUGUCUGUUUUUUUUUUUCAGUUUGGUUGGGUUUUAAGUUUUUCAAAAUUUUGGGACUUAUGUUUACAUUACAAACGAUUUUUUUUAUAUAGGAAAUGUGGUUUUUGGGUAGGGUUUGGCUUUAGAUGAAAAACAUAAAUCAAUUAAUUAUUAGUAAGUUGUAUAUUUAAAUGUUUAUUGUUUUUAUUAACUAAUCAGUUUGGUUGCACAAAGUUUCAAGUUUAAUUAGUUCGGGUUCGGUUUAAGCUUUCCACUUUUCAUAUUAUUACGAAAUUUGGUUUAGCUUCGAGUUGAUGAAUUUCAAUUCAAUUUCUGACUUCUUCUAAUGCAGUGGGUAUUGUCAUCUAAGGAAAUAAAUUUCCCUUAUCCACUUGGAUUGACUUUACUCCACAUGAGCUUUUCCUCUAUUUUGUGUUUCCUCCUCACGAAGGUUUUUAAGUCUCCUAAAAAGGUCAUGAAGGUGGAAGACGGAAUGACAUUUGACAUAUAUGUUACAUCAGUUAUUCCAAUAGGUGCAAUGUUUGCAAUGACUCUGUGGUUAGGAAACACUGCCUAUCUCUACAUAACUGUUACAUUUUCCCAAAUGCUGAAGGCCAUCAUGCCCGUUGCUGUGUUUAUACUUGGAGUCUCUGUUGGGCUUGAAAUAAUGAGCUGCAAUAUGCUUUUGAUAAUGUCAGUUAUAAGUUGUGGCGUUUUGACCGCAUCUUAUGGAGAGUUAAAUAUCAGUUGGAUUGGAGUUGUUUACCAAAUGGGUGGCAUUGUUGCAGAAGCCUUGAGGCUAAUCUUAAUGGAAAUUCUUGUUAAGAGGAAAGGCAUCAAAUUAAAUCCAAUCUCUCUUAUGUACUACAUGAGCCCAUGCAGCGCGAUUUGCUUGUUCAUACCAUGGAUUUUUCUAGAGAAGUCGAAGAUGGAUGCUAACAAUAACACAUGGAACUUUAAUGUUCUUGUGUUGACUCUAAAUUCGCUAUGUACAUUUGCUCUCAAUUUAUCGGUAUUUCUUGUGAUAUCUCAAACAAGUGCUCUCACUAUCCGAGUUGCUGGUGUGGUUAAAGAUUGGGUCGUCGUUUUGGUCUCAGCUCUUCUCUUUGCCGAGACAAAACUCACAGUCAUCAAUCUAUUUGGUUAUGCCAUAGCAAUUUCCGGUGUAGCUGCGUAUAACAACCAUAAGAAAAAGGACGGGGAAGCCAAAACGUUGGUUUCUCAAAAUCCAACAACCACCGGCAAAUAACCCGGCGACAUAGGCAACGUAACACACGUCAUAUUAUAACCAUUUGCAAAGAAAAUCCUUCUUUCUAUUAUCCAUCCCUUUUUUCUUUUUUCAAAGCACGAGAAAAUCAAUAUAGGGAAGGCCCAGGUUCUAACUGGAAAUUCAAUUUUUUUUAGUUGAUUUCUGGGAUAUUUUAUUUAUUUUUCUUCUUUGCCAGAAAAUAUGUAUUUUAUUUACCUCUUUACCAGAAAAGAUAUUCACAUUUUACGAUCAUUUUAUUUUAGGGUACUACUUG